GACGUUGUUUUGUCGCUUAAUUACCAUCCCGCAGAUCGCGAUCCUCCGUCGACACCGCGCGCAAGCGUCCAUUCAAAAAUAAUCUCCGCCGAGAGCGCGAAGCCCUCGACGCCGCCAGCUCAGUGCGUAUUUUAUCAGGUUCAAAUAUCUUCGCAGCAUCGAGACGGCCGGUGUACCUUUCCCGCAAAAGGGCCUACAGUUUGUUUCUCCGUUAACAGGCUGGUUACGGUUCGCGAGGUACUCGCUAAAGUUAAUUGUGAGUGUUUGAGAGUGCUGCAGGGGUUCAACAUGCGUCUCGUUUUGGUGGUGCUCUUCUCUCUCCUCUUCGCUACCGUGAACUCAAAGCCUGAUACUUUUGAGGACACGUAUGGAGAUGCAGUGGACGACGAAAAUAAAAAUAUCCAAAAUGACGAUUACGACGAUUAUGCUAACAGGGAAGAAACGCCGGAUGUUGGGGACGAAGUUGUUGAAAGGAACGAGGUCACUCCAGAGUUCCGGACAAAACCUCAGAUUUUUGUUGCACGUAUAGGCGAAGUGAUUCGAUUGCCAUGCGAGAUAACCAAUCAAGACAUGGUUCUCGUGUGGAGGAAAGAUGAUUCGGAGCUCUUAUAUCAGGGUGACAUUGCUAUGAAACAAUUUCCCAAUGUAAAAAAGACCAGCGAGGGCUUAGAGGUAAACGUAACGUCAGAUAGGGACUAUGGCAAAUACACCUGUCAAAUGAUGGUCUCGGAAGACAGCAGUCCAAAAAUAACGCAUAUGGUUGUACCUCCAACUCCACCGGUAAUAAAUUCCAUUCGAACCCCCAACAAUAACACAGAGUUCAGCAUUGGAGGUACUCUAGAAUUGCAGUGCAUCGCCACCGGCAACCCUAAGCCCAAAAUUUCAUGGCACAAAGACGGCAAAAGAAUAGAACCCACCGGGGAGAAUAUCACGAUCCCAAAUCUAAAACCUCACAACGCUGGUCUCUACGUAUGUUUGGCAGAUAACAACGUCCUCAAACCUGCUCAUAAACAUAUUGAAAUUUUUAUUGAACAUAAGCCUGUAGUAACAAUUGACAAGUAUUUGAUAAACUCGAACCAUGAAGAGGAUGUUGAGCUAAAAUGCAUCGUUCACGCCUACCCGGUACCAGUCGUGAGUUGGAAGAAAGGCGGUAUGAAUAUCAAAGAAGAUCCACCCAAGGUCAUGCUGAAACGCCACCAAAACAAUGUGGAGAAUCUCCUGAUAAUCAGCAAUUUGACCGAAGCUGAUUUUGGGGAAUACACGUGUUCGGCGUCGAACAAAUUUGGAAAGGUGGAUAAAACCGUGGGUCUCGUAAAAGUUCCGGUGGUGCAGGGCUUCGUCAAGCCUGAGAAGACGAAUAAGGACGUCGUCCUAACUUGGAAAGUUCAAUCGAAACCCCCUGUCACAGAGCACUCGUUUCAGUACAGGAAAAAAGGGGAAGAAGAUUGGAAGAACAUUAAGCCUGAAGUAAGCUAUGAUGAACAGAACGACACAUACACCAUAAAGGGCACAUUGAAGGGUCUUGAACCAGGCAGCUACGAAACGAGGGCCCGUUCCCGAAAUACCCACGGAUGGUCAAGCUAUUCCGAUAUAAUGCCCUUCGAAGGAGUUUUGGCUAAACACAGCUCGCACCAUAAACCACACCACAAAAAACACCCCAAAGGGAAAGACGUGAGAGAAAAACAAGCAGUUCCUACCACACAAGUCACACCUGCACAGCAUCAAGAGAAUGAAGCAUCUGUAGAAGAAGAACAAGUUGUUUCUGCCACACAUGUCACACAUGCACAGCAUCAAGAGAAUGAAACAGUUGUAGGAGCAUCUCAGAGGAGCGGAUGUGCAACGGCGCUAUCCUCGAUAUAUCUGACGAGCAUAGCGCUGCUGGCUUUAUGCUGCCGACAGUGAGACUGCUACGAGAACGACGUACAAGUGAAAUCUUCCACGCACUAAGUAGCUUAAAUACAAGAAGAAAAACCAAAGUAUUUAAUUCGUUUAGAAAAUAAGUAAAUUAUGCAAAAAAAGUUAUUUCGCGACCUAAGCCCUCUCUCACUUUAAACCCGUGUAAAUACUUUGUCCUUUACUGUGUUGUUCAAUUACCCCCUCCCUUCCGAUUCGGUUCGCGGAUUCAGAUCGACUAAAAUCUCGUAGCAAAUCGGUUUUGCUGUAUUUUUUUAGUGAAAACGACUCUGUGAUCUGUUUGUUGUUGAAAUGGGAAAUUUAAAAUUCAUUGUCGCAGCAGAUUUUUCGGUUCACUCGCAACAGGACAAUCUUAGAUGCCAUACAAUUUUCUUUAAUAUAUUUAUACAUUGGCGAAGUGAACUUAAAUGUUUUAAGUUACCUGUAAUGUUACAUAUGGACUUAAUAUGAAUAUUUUUUUACUUAAUAGGUUCGGUCAGUAUUUGUUUACUAGAUUUUCCCUCUCGAAAUUUAUCCAGACCGUGUAGUUCCCCUCUAGUCCGGUUUUCGAUUGAAUCCUGUUCACGUAGGUUUUAUUUAGUCGAUAAAAUGUGGCAAAUCAUAUAUUGAGAUAGUUUUAUGUAUAUUGAAAUAAUUUUGGAAUAUACGUGUAUUUUUUUACGUUAUGUUCCGUUUAUAUUCCAAGGUUAUUAACUUGCAGAUUUUUAGAUAUAAAUGUACAUAUUUUGUUUAUUUUCGUGUGAGUGACGUAUUUAUAUUUUAUUACGUAUUUAAUACCACAAUGCCUAACGAAGUUCCCUACGUUUUAAAACAGAACCGAACAAGAACGUUUUUUUUUAACACCGCGAUUAAUAUUUUUUUAACGAAUUAGGGAACUGAUUGUAUGCCUUAUGCUAUAAAAUUUUUAAAGCAGGAACAAAAUCAAAUUUUAUAAAGUUGAAAUUAGAGGAAUUGUUGCUUAAAAUUAAACAAACGUUUACGGGAAAUUCUGAAACGGCGUUUCGAUACACUCUGACCAAAUUUAUCGUACUGCUACUCAGAACAAUCCGACGACAUAUCAGAAUUUUGAAGUCCUUACUGUACAUACAUUUUGAGCCGUGUCAGGAUUUUCCGAAGACGAAAACAUUGUAUAUGUAUGUAUAGAGAAAAUAUAAAAAAUAAUAUAAGCUA